AUGGCCUCUAAAAUAGUCGUGGUUGGUAACGUGAACUGCGAGCUGCGAGAAGUAUUCACCAAGCUCGCCAAACUGCAUGUCAAGCAGAACUUCGCGUUUGCCAUUGUCGCUGGAGACCUUUUUGGCGACUGCUCGACUGAGCGCGAGCUAGAUGAGGUAUCUGGCUUGCUACAAGGGACUAUCCCCGUCCCUCUCCCGACCUAUUUCGGGCUGGGUAAUCGGCCACUUCCCACUCGGGUAAUUGAGAAGAUCGAGGCCAAUGAUGAAGUCUGUCCCAAUCUGUAUUUCCUCGGUAGACGGGGAACUCUCAAAACAUCAGAGGGCAUCCGAAUUGUCGCAUUAGGUGGCAAGCUCGAAACAGACACCAAGUCGACCAACAAGUUUCAUCCGGGAUAUGCGGAAUCGGAUGCCAGGGCUCUCUACGGCGCACACAAUGCCGACAUCCUCCUCACCCAUCAAUGGCCCAAGGGCAUCAAAACCGGCUCUAAAGUGGCUCUUCCCGAAGGGGUCACGCAGCCGGAAGAGGUGCAAUGCGUGGCAGACCUCUGCGCAACACUGAAACCUCGCUAUCACAUCUCAUCCUCCAACGACUUCUUCUACGAGCGAGAACCCUUCUUCCACAUGCCAACCCAGGAAAACCCGGACGAGAAACCCCUCACCCGCUUCCUCAGCUUAUCCUCCUACAGCAAAACAUCCAAACAGAAAUGGAUGUACGCCUUCACCCUAGACCCCAAAGCCCCCAUCCCUCUCACCGUCCCCGUCGGCGCAACCGCCUCCCCUCUCCCCGCCGUCCAAACCAAGCGCAAAAACCUCCCCAGCCAAAAAGAAUCCUUCAGCCGUUUCGCCCACGACGACCAAGACCAUCGCCCGCGCAAACGUGCCCGCGCUCCCCCUCCUGGCCCCGAUCAGUGCUUCUUCUGCCUAUCCAACCCCAACAUCGCUACCCACCUCAUCACCUCCAUCGGCAACGAAUGCUACCUCACUACCGCAAAGGGGCCCCUCCCAACUUCAAAAACUUUCCCCUCCCUAGGCUUCCCCGGCCACAUCCUCAUCAUCCCCUUCACCCACACCCCUACCUUCAACCUUAUCUCAGACCCGGAAUCCCGCCAAUCAACCUACGCCGAAAUGCAACGCUACCGCAAAUCCCUCCACGCCAUGCUCCAGUCCCGAGCUUCUUCCUCCCUAGGCGCCGUCACCUGGGAAGUCAGCCGCGGAAACGGAAUCCACACCCACUGGCAAUUCCUCCCCGUCCCCGCCGACCUCGUCAAAAAGGGCCUCGUUGAAGCCGCCUUCAAAGUCGAAGCCGAAAACCUCAAAUACCCCAAAUUCGAAAAACCUUCCUCCUCCGCUGCCGCAGACCCCACCACCGAACCCGGUGACUUUUUCCGUCUCUCCAUCUGGGCCCCGGCAUCCGACUCUACCUCUACCUCUGAACCUGACUCUUCCAACGAGGGCUCAGAAAAAACCAUCCUGCUCCCGCUUAGCCCUGACUUCCGCUUCGACCUUCAAUUCGGUCGUCGAGUCAUGGCUAAACUGAUGGGUCUUGAGAAACGCAUCAACUGGAGAGAUGAUGUGCAGUCCCAGGAAGAGGAAGAAGCAGAUGCUACUGCUUUCAAGGACGGGUUUAAGGAGUUUGAUUUUUCGUUGGAGGAAUAG